UACUUGUAUUUAAGUAAUCUAUUUUAUCUUAAUACACCUACAAUCAUGGCACCGAAGAACAAAGAAAACACAAAUAAUCGGAAAAAAAAACAAAGCGACGAUGAUGAUGAUGAUGUUGAUUACCGUCGACGACGUGAUAGAAAUAAUCAGGCAGUAAAACGAUCACGAGUAAAAAGUAAAUUAAGAACACAGCAGACAUUAGAGCGUGUUAAUCAAUUAAAAACAGAAAAUGAAUUAUUAGAAGAAAAAAUAAAAAUGCUUUCUAAGGAAUUGGGUUUCUUAAAAGAUUUAUUUUUAGCACAUGCAGGCUCGAACUCAAAUCCCGCAAUAAAUCUUCAAGAUAUAGACAUAAAUGCGAUUUUAGCAAAUGAUUCAGAGGCUGAUCACAAGAUCAAUAUGAAGGCUGAUACGUAA